GAAUGAUAUGAUGUAAUGUGCUUUUGUCGAUGAUGUAAUGCACAUGUGCCGACAUGUGCACCGGAUGAUUUUGUUCGACUUUGUGCAUUGUAUUGACGUUUUUGGCUUCGUUUAAAGAAUUAUUACAACUUGGAUGCAUAAUAGUACACGUUUAAUAUUAAGAAGUGAAAAAUGUGGAGGACAUUUGUCGUGUCAGUUCUUCAUAAACAAGGUGCAGUAUGUGUAUUAUGAUUAAAAUACUCUUAGAAUUUUGAGUAAAUAAAUAAAAUGCUGAAAAUCAUCAAAUUUAUUAUCCAAUUGAAGUUUAUUAAAGCUUCGGAUGCACGAAAAGUAUGGGUCAUUCUAUUUAUUAUCAUUUAUACCCCUCUGCUAUGGGUGAUCAGAUUCCUACCUGUAGGCUGUAGGUAGCCUGUGUCGCAUACUUCAAAAGUCAACACAUGAUAAAACAUGUGUUUUGAAGUAUGCAACACAGUCUAUAAAUGCACUAGUCAAUUGAAACCCCGGCCCCCCGGGACAGGGCGGGGAAAUUAAUAUUUUGACAAUGUUAAAUUUUGGUAAGGCCACUACAAGUUUAUACAGACAUUCCAACCUCCGAGUCUUCAAAACCGGGACACUUCCCAAUUUUCCCAUCUUACUUAAAUAAACGCCUCCCUCGAAUAAACGCCUCCCUCGAAUAAAUGCCGCGCUUUUCUCAUUGAUGUGGUGUCUAUUUGGGUUAGUGUUAAAAUUGGCUGAGUUGAGUUUGAGAACCCAUAAGUAAUAUAACAUCUUCUCAACAAGCUUUAAUUUCAUUGAAGUACUGUACUGGCGAGUGGCGAAAUUGUUUCGUUUUACUACUGGGUUAGCACUUUUUUCCAUCCAGCAAACUGCCCUAUCGAUUUUCUAAAGUUGUUUUUUUUUAUUUUCUUAUUAAUUUGGUUAGGGUUAGAGUUAGGGUUUUGGUUAGGGUUAGAGUAGGGGUAGGGUUUGGGUUAGUUACAUAGCCAUUUAACGCCUCUUCUAUCUUCCGAAAAUGACGUCAGGUCAGUUUGCUGGAUGGAAAAUAGUGCUAACCUUACUACUGGGGCCGGUUGUUCAAAGCUGGAUUAGUGCUAACCCUCGGUUAAAAUUUAACCUGCUGUUUUAGUUUCUGUAUUUCUACAUAUAUCUGUUUAUUUCAAAACUUCAGAGAAGAGAACUCUCACGGAUCCACCCAAGAAUUAUGAACUCAAGAAAUCUUUUAAAGUUUAUAACCAAGCUGUUGGGAAGUUUGCUUUGAAUUUUAGGUUAACCUAGGGUAAAGCUGAUCGGUUUUUGAACAACCAGCCUCGGGUCUUUUGAACUGUGAUCCUCUUGUAUUCAAGAGCCCGCGACUAUUGCGCCGGCUUCUGUUAUGUUGCUUUACUUCAUGUAGCCCUGGCAAAAUGAAUAAGAAUUGAAAACGAACACUAAAUUGUCAAAACAACGUAUGUCAUGAGAAUUACAACGAUCGGCGACAAACUCGGUAAUUGUUUGGGGCAACUAGAAGCUCCCAUUUCAUUAAUAUGUAUUGAACCAAACAAAUUUCAUUAAUAUUUGUUACAUGAGCCUUAUUUGAAGAAUACAACUAUUAAAAUACUACAGAAACCGGGACAGUAAGAAGAAGGGUAAACCGGGACGGUUGGAAUGUUUGGUAUAUAAUAUCUUUAGUUUCUGGUCCGCCUUAGGGUUGGGCGAUUUUUCGAUAUUUUGAUUUAUUGCGAUAUUUUCAAUCGCAAUUACCGUAUCGAAGGUAGAAACUUGAGGGACAAUAUAUCGAAAUUAUCGUCAUGCUCGAUGACUAUUGUGACAUUGCUUCGCAUGUGUCUAUAGCUUUUAUAAAAAAAAAUAUUUCAAUUCCUGGAAAAUGUAGUUUUUAAAAGAAUUAAAUACGAAUUUAAUAUGAUACAAAAGCUAAUAUUUAUGUAUUAAUCCGCUAAACAAUGAAAUUGCAGGUUUUGCUUGCGCUGUGUGCCCACAGCAUUUGUGCCAGUGGAGACACAGUAGACACUGCAUAGACAGUUAUGGUUUAUGAACAGUAAAUAUUAGACUAGAAAAAGCCUUCAUAUUACUUUAAUUUGUUGUUUUACUUGUUUUAAUAAGAUUAUAUAUAAGCUUACUAUACUUUGAUAUUAAUUAAAAUUGAAAAAUGUGGUCAUUGUUUUUAUUGCAUUUGCUAGGUCUUUUUAAUGUAAAUUGAAUAUUUAUCGUUCUAUGAGUUAAAUCCUUUGCGAAAAUUUUCAAGAACUAGAAAUCAAUUGUAAACAACAAAAUAGUCCUGAAAUAAUACUUUACGGAGAAAGGAUGCGGGUGGUGGACCAGAAACUAAACAUUAACUUGUAGUGGCCUAAUUUCCCCGCUACCGGGGGAAUAUUGACUGUUAAAGCUUACCGCUCCUAUGGCCCCGGCACUUUGCAAAUUUUCUUGACUUGGGAAAUGGGAAAUCGUUGAACUAUAAAAUGUUCACAACAUGUGAAUUAAUUCAAGGCAAUUCUUGAUCUUAAACUUUGAUCCGCAUCAAAAGAUACUGAAUAAUCUACGUAUGUUUCGACUAUCUUGCAGUCAUCAUUUAAGAAAAACUAUGAGGAAACAAUGAUAAAACGGACAAAAGUUUAUAAAUGCCAUGAGGAUAAACUCAUUCCAGCCCACUUUCAUAUCAGCCGUGCGUUAAAGUCCUGGCUAUUGUCCCAGCUAAUAAAUUGACUUAUUAUUUAUCCUGUACUCCGGGGGAAAUGGUGCAUUAAACCCGUGUUAUCCCCGGCCAUUCGCCCGUUAAUUCCCCACCCUGUCCCAGGGGGGGGGGGGGCUGGGGCUGGGGUUUCAAUUGACUAGUGCAUAACCUGUGGGCCAUUUUUGUUGCAGGAUAAAGCCAAUUUCCAGAGGUCACUUUUUGAAUUUUCCUUUAAUAUAUCACACCUCCCACACUAGGUUAUAUGUUGAAAGACUUCAUAUAGGUCGCUUUUUAAUAAUAGUCCUCCCCCGACUUCCAACUAUAGAAUAUCUGAUUCCUACGGGUAAAAUUUUGACCCAAACUCAUUUGUAAGGGAGGUGCAGAUAGUAAAUCAAAAUGGUAGCAAGUGGUGAAUUUUACAGUGCUUUUGAAAAAGAGUGUCAAUCAUCAACCUAGACUAGCUAGUAGACUGUACCUCCCCAUUUUUUGCAUUUGUUGCCCAAAAUUAAAUUGUUUGAAAUUUUGACAAGGAUUGCGGGAAGCUUUGGAUUGCCAUGUCAGAGCAUAUAUGAUACACAAGCAAUGAGCAAUUCUCACUGACACACAGAACAAUAUCUGCCAUUUUGGGGGUACUGUCUUCCGUUGUCAAAUAAUGUAGACAAUUAAAACAAUGUGAAAAGUGAUGUCAUGAUUCAAAGUUUUAAAAAUAUACCAAUGCACACACAACUACAGUGAUGAAACAUUGCAAAAGUGUAAUUAACAUCUAGUGUUUUCAUUUUGGGAUUUACUAUUAAUUAAUAAUCAAGGCUUGAAUUUGGUGGAAAUGCUGGGGCAGGAGGAAGUGCAGCAAUCCUAGGUCAUGGCUCCCAUGGAAUGUUGGAAUGGAGUUAGAAUGUACCCCUGCCCCCAUAAAGUCAACUACGUGACGUAUGCACAUAUUCGUGAAUUAUGACUGUAUAAUUAACUUAAUUAAUAUCCAAUUAUGCCAUUAAAUGCAUUACUACCAAGGGUGGGUUGACUACAAAAUUUUUGUAGUUCGCUAUAACUACAGCUACUUCAAAAAUAUGUAGUCAGCUACAACUACUGCUACUUUUGAACAAAGGUAGUUCGCUAUUGACUACAGCUACUGCUUAAAAAAUGUAGCGAACUAUUUCGCUAUUUCGCUACACUAUAUUUUUUAGUUUUACUAUAUUUGGAGCAUCUACUAACUCAGGCUGUAAUGCAAUCUAUAACAAAUCGAUUUACGAGUAGCAACAGUAAACACAAAGCAACAUUUUUGUAAGCACUACAGUGUUCAGGAGUGCAAAUUGACUAUUGAGUAUUGAUUUUAAGCAAACCGUCUCUCAAUAUCACGCUAUUCUAUCAAGUUGCUAACAAUUUUAAAAAGUAGCGAAUAGCGAAUCGCUGUUUGAAAAGUAGUCAACUACUUGGCUACUUUGAGGCAAAAUGUAGUUCGCUAUAACUACAACUACUGUUUUAAAAAAGUAGUCAAAAACUACUGGCUACUUGAAAAUUGUAGUUCGCUACAGUAGCGAACUACAACUACUUCGCUACAACCCACCCUUGAUUACUACAAAGUUUCUUUCGAAAAACGUUCUUACAAACACAAAGCAAUUUGUCAAAUUUUAACUUCUAUUACCAUGAUUCCCAAGGAGAGGUACAUGACUUUUCAGAGGUGGUGCAAAAAAAUCUCAGAGGAGGUGCAAAACGACCUCAGGAAGGUGCCCACCUCCCCCCACUUCCCCUCACAAUCCGGCCAUGUUACUAAUUCUUAUUACCGGUAUAUAAUUUGCUCUUACAUGUGCACAAUAUACAGUUGGAUUGUUAAGAAAUUCAAGUGGAUAUGGCUCAUCUUGGAUAUGCAGUGUUCACAAGGCAGGGCAUGAGUGCAGUGAUGGUAACGUGAGACCAAGUGUCACAGAUUCACAAAAUGUCAUAACUAAUCAAAAUGUUGGAAAGGCACAGAAUACAGUUGUUGGACUUUUGUUAAAGCUACAUGAUGGUUGUAACGACAAGCAUCCAUCAAAAGUGGAAACUCAUAUUCCUUUCAUCCAAAAUUUAUUGGAUGACAUCAACAGACACACUGACCCUGCUCAAGGAAGCAAGAAUUCAGACUUGACAAUAUGCACUAAAACAGGGAGAAAUGGGAAAGGAUCUAGAUUUGGAUUCAAAAAUAUUUUCAUGGAUUUUCAGAAGGUAAUUAAUAAUGCUCAUAUGUACAAAUUAAUUGAGAAUUUAAGUGACUGUGUACCAUGCUGUAAUUGUAAAGCCUCGAUCUAUUAAUUAAGCCCCCUCUCAAUUAGUCACGUACCUCUCUCUACUCUAUAAGGUUCCUUCUCUAAAAAGGAAGAUAUUAAUUUAUCCCUCUUUCUCUAUUAAUUAACCCCCCAUCCUCUCAAACUUGUUUGAAAUAAAUAUGCCCCCAUGGUAAUUAAUAGAGGAUUUAAAAGGUGUGUUAUAUUUUGGCAACAGAGAUCACAAAACUUGCUUGGAAUAAUCAACUUGAGAUUGCAUAGACUGCAUGCAAGUUCUCCAAUAAGCCAAUUUCCCUUAUAAAUUGUGUUGCAUGUAACCCACUGAGUGCCAGAGCAUGUCCCUUAACACCUACACAGGUCUACAAUAUUAGAAUUCCACCCGAUCCUGCCACCGCAUUUACCGAGGUUGUGGGUUGAAGUGACUUGGGUACAGCUAAUUGUGCAAUAAAAAUGAAAAUACUAUGUAUUUUAGUGGUGUUAUGGAGUUGUUGUUGUGUCCAGUUUGAUUUCAUGGCAUCGACUGUUAUUCAAAGAUGGAAGAAAAAGUGACAACAAAGCCACAAGUGUUUGGAAUAUUUAUGAUUUUGUUAAUGUUAGUGAACCUCUUCGCGUUUUGCCAACAAAUAGUCCAGCUAAGGUGAGGUUCAUAACUUGAACUUUUUAUUAACCCAUUGAGUGGCAGCUAGUGCUCUCCCCUUGAAGAAUAAAAUCAUUUUAUGUUAGACAGUCAGAGUAAUAAUGAGUAGGGCACAUCAAGUAAUUAGAUAAUUUCUAAAUGAAGACAUUAAACAGAAAUGUAUGCCACUAUUCCCCACACUUUAUUUGUAUUAAUAUGUUUGAUUUUUUAUGCUGACACCACACACAUGCAUACAGACACAUUCAGAUAAAAUCCUUUGUUCCUGCAUGAUCAGCUAACUCCUGAUUGAUCAAUUUCCCACAUGGUGUAUAAAUUGUACAUCUGGACAUUUUAAUACUCUGAGUAUACCAGUCAGCGCUGUAUUAGAUUAUUUAGAUAUACAAACCUAAUAUAUAUUUGUUGCACAUUUCACAGCCCAUUGAUCCCCUGGAUGCAGCAUGCUCAUCUUUUGAAAAUGCUAUGGCAGAUUGUACAGCUGUUACAGAAAAUGCUUUGGCAAUACGAUUUUCAACACUCAAGUUAUAUGAGAAGGUGAGUGCUUAAUGUGGUACCAGGGGAGUAGGAAGCAUCAAAACAAUCAACGUUUUUGAUCACAUUUUUUGUAAAAAACAUUGUCCAAAAGUUAAAUAGAGAAUAAUACAUGGGUGCGCGGAAAUACCAGAUUUAUUUCGAGUGUUGAACAUGAUAUCUCACGAGUGAGCGCAGCGAACGAGUGAAAUAUCAUGUUCAACACGAGAAAUAAAUCUGGUAUUUCCAAGCACCCAUGUAUUUUUCUGUUUAUUAUAUAAAGGACAGUCUUUGAAAAGCGAUAAUUUUUACAGAUAAUUGAAAAGCGAUCAUUUUCACAUGUGAGAUUAGCAUGAAUAAUCUCACAUGUGAGAUUAUCACUUUUAUCAAUGCUCGAAAUCUCUAUAAAGCACUAUACUUUAUAUAAUAAAUGUAUUUAUUUCAUGUACAUUUAUCUAGUGAAGGGCACUUUUUUAUGUGUCUUCUGAAAACUUGGGGGGGGGGGGCUAGCCCCCCUUGGCCCUACCGGUUCCUACUCUCCCGUGUGGUACUCUAGAUUAUACCAUACGCAUAGUAGAGAUUUUGUUUGCGACAGAUUAGAUAUUAUGUUAUUUACCUGAUAGGAAAAUGUUUCUUCAAGGACAAGGGACGGUUUUGAGACAGAGGGAAAUAUUUUUCUAUCGGGGCUGACGGCUUAAACGGUAAAUGACGUAUUUACUUUUUAUCAAGUCGACUAAAGCCAUUCAUCUUCGCUACGUGAGUAAACAGUUAGCGGUACACUCAGAAUUAGAAAUAACAUAAUUUUAUUCUAACUUUAACUUUGAUAAAACAAGUAGAAGAUUUAAUUUAUGAUACAAAGACGAUAUAAUUAUUGUAAAUUAUUAUUCAGCAAACGUUUGGUACAUCUGCUACAGCCAAUCAAAUUGUAGGAAAGGCUAUAGGAUUCCACCUGCUUGUGGCUAACAAUGAUUUUGGAUGCCAAAGACGAAGUUGUUUCCUCCUAAAAGCCUUAUCUGAAAGACACGUUUUCCCAUCAUAAUUCAAAAGGAAAAUACACAGACUUGUCAAUUUCAGACUUAAUUUAUUUAAUCAUUUUGUUGAAAAGAUUUUCCAAUGGAUGAUUUAUCGAUGAUUUUUGAUCUCGACAAGAAGAACGGAACCCAUUACCAUAGCUGGAAAGAGCUUCUUAAAACUUGAGUAAAAUUGCAAAGUUUGGUUGCGAAUUGCUGUAAAAUGAGUAAAAUAUAUAGCCCCGUGAAGUUCGCAAAUUUUGUAUAUACUUGCAUUACGCGCGGGAAAAAUAACCAUUUUUGAGCCGAAAGUGGUUAUUUUUACCGCGGUAUAGGCUAUAAAUUAAAUAUAUACAAAAUUUGCGAACUUCACAGGCCGCUAUAUUUUCUUCAUUUUACAACAUUUAGCAACCAAUCUUUGCGGUUUUACUCAUUCUAAGACGCUCUUUCUUGUUGUGUUGUUGGAUUUCGUUCUUCUCUCCUUGAUCAAAAUAUACUCUAUAGCUGGAGUCACCCAUUGCAAUAGACAACUUGCAUGUUAGAUUAAGUUUUGAUCUGGCAAAAAAAAGUAAAUUCCCGUAAAGAACUUAUUAAAAUUAGUAAAAUUGCAAAAUUUGGUUACGAAAUGUUGUAAAAUACGGAAAAUAUAGCCUUGCGAAGUUUGCAAAUUUUGUAUAUGUUUGUAUUACGUGCGGAAAUUGUUACCAUUUUAACAAUUUCCGCACGUAUAAUACAAACAUAUACAAAAUUUGCAAACUUUGGGCGACUAUAUUUUCCAAACUUUACAACAUUUUGCAACCAAAUUUUGCAAUUUUACUAAUUUCAUUAUGUUCUUUUUACCUGUGGUGUUUGAUUCCCUUCUCUUUACUUAGAUUAAAAUUUAAUCUAACAUGCAAGUUGUCCAUUGAUUGUCAGUCAAACUUUUGAUGUUCAUUGAUUAUACAAUACCGUGUUCUCUUUGAUAUGUUUUAGGCGUUGAAGUUCUUUCAGAGCGCUAGCAGGAAAGGGAACGUAGCAGCUCAUUUUAAUGUGGGUUUGUGUUAUGAAGAGGGAUUAGGAACAGCGCAAGAUAUUUCCAAGGUAUCCAUCUUCAAAGCUUGAAAUAAGGUUCCCAAAGUCAAUUUGCGAUCAUGGUGAUUAUAGCAGUCAUGACUUUCCAUGCUUUUUCUAAUUGAAAACCCCGCUUUUCAACCAAUCAUAAGCAAUAUCUUGCCGGUCAUUGAUGAUCGGUGAUCGGCUGUUAUUUCAAGCCCUGAUCUUUGACCGUAUUUAAACAAUGCAAGACAUUACAUUUCAUUAACUGUCUGUUUGGCAACGAAUUCCCAUCAAUCUUUCUAUAGGCCGUCAGUUCAUAUACAAUGGCCGCAUCACAUGGACAUCAAAAUGCUGCCUUUAAUCUUGGCAUAAUAUUUCUACAAGGUAAAGCAUUUUGCGCAUGUGGAGGCGUUUUUUACUUUGACAAUGUAAUUAAAACGUUCAAAUGGUUCAAUACGAAAAUGUUUUGAAUCCGGGAGAAAAAUUCUUGCUUUCUUAGGUGAACUCCAUUUACAUGUGACCGGAUGAAUUCGAAACUUUACUCAAAUUUGUAGGGGUGCACCAGAACCAGUUUUUUAAGUUCCGGCCGGAAUAUAAUCAUAUGUUACUUUGUCCGCUGCCAGACAGGCAGACACUUCAAGUCAUCAAGGAGAGAGCUCGCAAGUGUUAGAAUAAAAAGAUUGACAAACGUUAAACGUCAUAAUGAAGUGUUAAUAGUGUACAUUUCCCUUGCAUAGCCCAAAUUUCUUCCUACUAUGACCUUUUGUUAGACACAAAAACGUUUGAUAUUCUAUCUCUCUGAAAACGACAGAGUUCCGGUUCCGGCCAUGCUUUUUUUAUUAGUUCCGGCCGGAGCCGGAACUCUAAAAAAUCGGGGUUCCGGCCGGAACCGAGUUCCGGUGCACCCCUACAAAUUUGCACAAUGUCAAUGCAAUCGGCGGGAUUCGAGCAUUUAGUUAACUGUGUCAAUGAAUUGUCAAAUUUCUUCGGUCCGAGGUAUAUACUAUAUAGAUGUCGUCCUAGGCAGAGAAACGAAUCCUGCUGUUUGUAUCCUUGUAGUACAAUGUUUAAAUUGUGAUAAUAUCUCCCUCACCGUUUGUUUUCAACAUUCUGGUAUCGUAGGGACACAUUACUCAGGCAAGGAAAAUGAUGGACUAGAGAUGAUGGAAAGAGCAGCCAAAGGAGGUCUAGUAAAGGUAAUAAGGUAUCAUUAUACUUUCUAUAUAAUUAAUAAUUCUCUUUAUAUCUCCUUCACCUCUAUCAUUUAAGUUGUCCAUAACGUUACUACCUAAUAUAUAUAUGUAUAACUUUAAGUACUAAUUAUAUACAUAGAUGCUUAGUUUCUGUAACUACAGUAGAUAAGUUUACGAAUGCCUGCUAAUACAGCGCGUAGAUGUAAAACUUUGUUUAUUCUUAUGCCUGUUUAUUCCUUUGUUUAUUCUUAUGCCUGUUCAACAAGAGUAAAUAAGGGUUCCUAAAACUGGGAAUUUGAACAUUUUGUAUUAGCCAAGUUUGACUCUAUGACUUGACACCUGAAAGAUAAUUCCUAGUCGAAUAAAACCUUCUUUCUUCAUUGGAAGGACGUUUUGUCUUUGCUAAAUUGUCCUACAGUAAAUUACAUUGAAGAUUUUAUAACUUAGUCUCAAUCUUAUUUUUCAAGGCUCAAAGGUUUCUUGGUUUAUACUAUGCAAAUGACAGCAAUAAGCACUAUGACAUGAAGAACAGUGUUCAAUGGUUGAAGAUGGCUUCUGAACAGAAAGUUAGUUUUUACUUUUUACUCGGGAAAUUUUUAUAGUUUAUGACCAAUAAUAAUUUUUUAUUUCAAAAGGAAUGCAAAGUGAACGUGCAGUGAGUAAAAUUGCGAUGAUAUGUUUAUCUUUAGGACGCCAAAGCUCAAUAUCAUCUUGGAAUAUGUUACGAAAGAGGACUGGGCGUAGCUAGAAACAUGGAAAAAGUAAGAAAAUCAUGUACUCUAUUUCUUUCGUACCUUUGAAGUUGUGCUAAAGAUUCGGCAUUUGUUAAUAUGAAGUAUUUUGGGGUUAAAUUAGAAAAUUUGUUACUGUGUCUUAGAGUUUCAUAUGAUACGAAACCUCGUACUUUUGUUAUCCCUAGGCCAAACAGAUGUAUGGUCGUGCUGCAGAAAAUGGCCAUGCUGGCGCUCAAUAUAAUUAUGCUGUGUUUCAUGAGCAAGGCUUGGGUGGUCUGUCUGUUGACAAGCAUGAAGCAUUACGAUGGUACAGUACAGCGGCUGAGAACGGAAAUGUGAACGCCAAAGAAAAUUUAAAGUUUUUACAAAAAGAAAUUGGAUUUCAGAAAAGAACGCCAAAUUUACUCGAAAGACUUUUCUCAAAUGUAUGGAUUUCUGAGCAGCCGACAAGCAGUGCUGGUACUAUGCCAAGGUGUUCGUCCAGUCCAGACAGAUUGUUUAUGCAAUCAGACCUAGAUUCAAGUCAGUCUCCACAUGAAAGCCGUGCUGGUGAACAACAAAGUAUCGUAUCUGAAGAUAGCAAGUGUAUCUGGGUGAUUUGAAAUUGCCUCAAGCGGAUUGACAUGGCAAUAGGGAUAUUUCCUUAGAUCGAGUAAUUACGUGAAAUGCCAAGAAGGAAAUAGAAGAGUUACAUCCAUGGAGACUGAAAGAAAUGAAGCGAUUUACACAGAAACUAGGCCAAUGUUCUGCGUUAGGAUCGCAGGCUUGAAUUGUACGAGAUUGGCUUAAAAGCCCUUUCUAACUAAUAUUUGUGACCUGACAAAAUCGACAAAAUGUUAAAAUUUGUGUUCAGUAGACAGUAGUUAGUAAUUCGAAAAUGUAUGUAGCCGUUCAUUAGCAAGCCAAUUUCAACGUUUUGGGUAAAACUUCAUCAAAGUCCAUCUUGGCGAGUUCACCUGCUUGCUUCAUCUUGGCGAGUUCACUUGCUUGUUUGCAAGAAACGUUUCUUGAUAAUGGCUGGUAUAACGAGCAUUUGUCCUUUUGAAUAAGGUCCAGUCAUUGUCAAAGAAAAUUUAAUUUGUCAUUUUCGCCCAGCACAUCUUAGCCUGCGUUUGAGAGCCGCUACGCAGGCUGAGCACAUCUCGUCAUGAUCGAAAAGAAACAACCUGGAGGGUUGUCCGAUAUAUAUUUACAACGAAUUAAACAUCCUAAUUGGAUAAACAAAAGUAUGUACUAUGGAAUUGUAUUAUUUUUGUAAAUAUUUUUGAAACAAAUUUCUGCUAUAAAAUGGCAGCUGGAAGCUCCAAACACUCAAUUGUACUGUAUUUACCUACAUGCAAUUGGGGACAUAACUUGUUAAUAAGAUUUUAAUUUCUCUCAGACUCAGUGAGAGUUUAAAUGGUGGGGUGAUUCCUGUACUUUUUUAAAAAAGUCCGCCUUAUUCCAGACAAUGUUGUUGAGUUGCGUUUAGAAUGUGGGGGAAAUAAUAGCAACAUUGGUGGGGGAGAAAAACCUAAUAUUAGUUGAAUGCAUUUUCCUAAAAUUUAGAUCCACUUUGACAGUUUUGUCUACCAUAGUAUGUAUAUAGUAUAGUUACGUUAUUCAUUGGAGCUGGAAUAAAAUGUAACAAAAACAGAGGAAUUGAAUUUGGAAAAUAAAUAAAAUUCUAGAUAUAAAGUACAAA